AUGAAUACCCUGACACAGAACAUCAGCCCGAUACAGUCCACUCUGGGGCGCUUGCAGGACCUCGAUUCGGUAGCAGCAGGAGCAGGAUCGUCCUCAAAACCGUGCACGACCUCGGCUUCGACGACGGCCGCAUUGAUUCUCGCUGUCAGCGGGGGUGACAACAGCCGGACGGCCAGCGCAACCCUCGUCCUCGACCAGACGACGGCCGUGCACCACCACCACCAUCACUCGCAGCACGCGAACGACUUCCUGUCAACCUCCCUGUCAUCGCCGGCCGCAUCCUCAGCCGCUGCCAAUUAUCUUCUCCACCAGCACCAUCUUCACCAGCAGCAGCAGCAGCAGCAACAGCAUCUGGAGCAACACUCGGUGGUCCAGCAACAGCUCAAUCAGGACAAUCGGUUGACCUCUGGUAGUGGCGGCAGUAGCUCCACCGGGGGCAACAGUAAUGGACCAGCACCCGUUUCGUCGCAAUCCGCCAACUCCCAGUCACAAGCACAACCAGCAUCGGGCAAGCAGCAGCAGCAUCACCGAACUCCGGAUGAUCAGACCGUAUCGGCAUCGCCGGAACCGGCCACCAUAGCCGCCAGCACAUCCAGCCUAGCAGCCCACGUCAACCCGUUUCACAGUGGCAAUGGCUCAUCGGCGUCGUCGGCAUUAACGAAUGAUUUCUAUCCGGAGUAUCGGAUCAGUUCCGAGUAUCGGCUCAACUCGCACCAUCACCAUCACCAUCAUCACCACCAUCCGCACCACCAUCACCAUCAUCAUCCGCAUCACCAUCCGCGUGACCUCUGGACGGCAGCAGCGGCGGUCGCUUCGCACGCUCCCGAUGCUCACCUCGCGGAUGCGGAAGGAUGCGACGGUGGGAGCUACAGUCUGCGCCAUGGCCACCACGCCACGAAAAAUCUACGGAACGAGCGUUCGGCAUUUUUCGAUUUCUCGACAACCCCGGCCACGGCUCAUCCGGCCGCCGCAGCCGCCGCCUACUGCUAUCGGCUUUCCACGCCACCUCAGCUGGUGAAACGUGAACCGAGCGACGUAUCAGCGGCCGCGGCAUGGCACACCUACUCCGAGCGCAUGUUCUCCGAUCCGCUCUACACCUCGCUCAAGCUACAAACCCAACAAUCCUCACCGCCCCAGCUCGUCCCGCAGCAUUCGAUCUUUCCGGACUCGACCUCAUCUCAUCUGGCCACGGCAGCGGCGGCGGCCGCUGCAGCCGUCUCGUUGGAAUCGCACCAGCACCCGCUCCUGGCCGGUCACGGCGCCAGUCAACCAUCAUCCGGCACCGAUCACGGACACCAUGCGUCGUCGGUUGCGGAAUCUUUUCUCCACCAGCAGAGCACCCCGGGAGCCGGUUCCGUCGGGUACGCGUACCGCCAAACGGGGGACAUGGUAAGCUCGAGUGAAAGCGAUUACUGUAACGGAUCCGGGGGCACCGGUAACGCCGGUACGAUCGCUAGUAUCUCGACCACGACGACGAACCCUUCACCCCUGAGUGCACUUCAGGGUGGUGGUCCCGGUGGUGGACCGUUACACCAGCGGCGUGGAUCGCUUCAGUUGUGGCAGUUUCUGGUCGCCCUGCUCGAUGAACCUACGAGCAGCGCCGGGUGCAUUGCGUGGACCGGACGUGGCAUGGAGUUCAAGCUGGUCGAACCAGAAGAGGUGGCACGCCGGUGGGGCAUUCAGAAGAACCGACCGGCCAUGAACUAUGAUAAACUGUCACGCAGCCUCCGGUACUACUACGAGAAGGGCAUCAUGCAGAAGGUGGCCGGCGAACGGUACGUGUACAAGUUCGUGUGCGAUCCGGAGGCCCUGUUCAACAUGGCUUAUGGUGGAGCGACCGGUGGCGGUUCUGGAGCGAGCCAGACUAACCACCAAUCAUGUAGCGGUAUGGACGGAUCGCUAGGACACAGUCACGCGACACACCAUGGGGGCGCAUCUUCCGCUUCACCGAACCAUAACUGUCACAAUCCGGCCACGGGUGGACCACCGGUAGGCCCAUCCCUCGGUGAUCACUCGGAUGAGGUCGAUCGAAAUCAUUCCUACUUUUCGGCCAGCUCUUCGGCGUACAAUCACAACAAUUGA